CUUUAACAGCUGAUGUUUGUCGCAAAAUUUAGUUUGUUUUCUGUGCGAUUGUUGUAUAUUUUAUCGGCGUGAAGAAUCAACAAAUUAUUUAAAAUAAAGCAAAUAAUUGGUGAAUACAAUGGCGACGUGCCUCUCGAAACAGCAAUUAGAACAACAAAAAAUGCUGGAGCAGCUAAAUGAGAGUGACAAUGACGAUGAUACGGAGUUGGAGGAAGCAGCGCAGGAGGAUACUUUUGCAUUUUCUUGUAGCAGCGCUUGUUGGGUUUGUAACGGUUAUUAUGGUCCAAAUUUUGAUGAGCCACUUUGCGGCACCUGUCAUGCUUUUCUCUAUAAUACACAAGCCGCUGAAGAAGAGCUGGAGACUACGAUAUCCGAUGACGAGGACUCGGGCAAUGAUGAGCCACCUUUUAAAGACAAACAAGAAGUAGACGAAGAUGAUGAUGAUGAUGUUGACGACGUUGUGGAAGAUAUUGUCGACGAUGAGGAGGGUGUCGGUAUGUUAGACGCUGUGGUGCGUAAUGCACCUGUAAACGUUGCACAUGAAAUGCAAGUUGACAAUGUGGCACCGUUACCAGCUGUUAAUGAACCGCGACGUUCGUUAGAACGCGAAGCUGAACGUAGCAAUAUGGUGUUGUUGCCCAUACAGCGGCCACGUCCGUUAGCGCCACGCUCAUUGCCUGAUUUUCUAGAAGUGCUGAGUGAAAGACAUGCCAAUGCAGGUGAAGUUGUAGCGCCGAUAGCACCACCAAAUAAUAUACUUAUGUUGCCUGUUGAAAUUAUGGUAAUCAUAUUCUCCUACUUGGACGACAUGUCCAUGUGGAAAGCAAGUGAAGUGUGUAAGCAAUGGCGUAGCAUCUUGGAACAGAACACAUCACAACUGAUGUGGAUGCGUUAUCUGAAAGAGCGCUGGCCACUCUUCCAAUGUAUUGUCGAUGUGCCAAAUUGGCUGAAACUAUAUAGUGCAUUAAUGAAUUCGUGCUUCUGUCGCACAUGCCUGCUGCAGAUGGCGUUGAAGUCGCCACCACGCGCACGUCAAAAUGCGAUACGCAUGAAUUUCUUACGCAACGAUGCGCAUCAAUUGAAUAGUCAUGCAACGGAAGGUAUUGACGCGAUACCGCUCGAUAAACAGAAUACCUAUUGGCAAGCAAGUAUUUUAGGGCCUGCUGGCAGCCCAUACGAAGGUGGCAAGUUCUUUUUGUACAUUUUCUUUCCCGAACGCUAUCCAAUGAUUCCACCCACUGUGCGCUUCUUAACAAAGAUACUACAUCCAAAUGUCUCACGCCACGGUGAUGUCGGUAUUGAUAUUUUUCAACAUAACUGGUCGCUAGCUUUGAAUGUUUCCAAAAUUCUGUUGUCAGUGCAAAGUUUGCUCACCGAUCCAUACACAGAGGUAUGCAUGGAGCCGGAACUUGGCUAUAUGUAUGAACACAAUCGUGCACGUUUCGAGAACUUGGCGCGCUCUUGGACUUGGAAGUAUGCCAUGUUUGAGUUAAUGCCACCUUCUUAAGCAUACAUUAACACAAUUUUAUUCCACAAAGUUAAUCAGUUGCUAGUUGCGCAGCAUUUAUGAAUUGUUUAAUUUUAUUUGGCUCGAGCACAAAGAAUUCUCUCCAUUAAGUUUAUUUAUUUAUGUCAACGUAUGUACACACAUACAUACACACGUGCGUGUAUACAUAUGUUCUUUCUUUGGUUGUGCCGUAUAUCCGUAACUGUAUAAAUGACAAAAACAGACGUGCGAAUAUAGUCUACAGUUAUACUGGAUCUUUACAAAUUGUUUUCGCGUAUUUGUGUUAAUAACCAUAAUUGGUUUAUAACAACAAACCAUUACAAUUCAGCUU